AUGGGAAUACACGAAGAUGGUGCAAAAUACUGGAAACCGACCACACAAAAUGAGAAGACACCGUACGAAGGACAACAAUUUGAUACAGUAGACACAGGGAUUGAUUUCUACGUGGACUACGCUAAAGAGGCAGGAUUUGAUGUUAGGCACGGCACAAAGCGUAGAAAUCGGAAGGGGGAAGUGUCAAUCAAACACUUGUUGUGCUCACGAGAGGGAUACAAAGCCGAACCAAAAGAACCCCAAAAUAGCACAAAAGAACGAAAGAGGCGGAGGAGAACGUCCAACAGGAUAGGAUGUAAGGCGCGUAUGGUAAUGACAAAGCGUGACAAAGGCGGAUACAAAGUCCACGCAAUCGAGUUGCGACAUACACACUGUCUAUGCUCAGACGCAGGCAAACCUUUUUUAAAGAUAAAUAGGCAACUUGACAUCGGCCACAAAAUCUUUUUGGCUCACUGUGCAAAGGCAAACAUAGGUCCUACAAAAGCGUUCAGACUAUUCAAAGAGAUGGUGGGAAGCUUUACAGAUAUAGGAGCAACAUGCAUUGAGUUCUGCAAUUUUAGGCGAGACCUAUUGGCCUAUAUAGCUGAGACAGACGCCCAAAUGGUGAUAGAAGACAUGUUCAAAAGAAAAGAGGACAACCCAGACUUCUAUUUCGAUUUUGACAUAGAUGAAGACGCUCAAUUAACCAGAUUAUUCUGGGCAGACGCACAAUCCCGAAGGAAUUAUGCAUGCUUCGGCGAUGUCGUGUCAUUCAACGCUACAUACAGCACAAACAGGUACAUUUCAUUAUUUCUUUACAUUGAAUACAAUCGCUACUGUGUGUGCACGCAGUGUAAUAAAGGGGUGGAUAACCACAAAAGAUGCAUAACAUUUGGGGCAGGCCUGAUUGCGAAAGAAGAUGUAGAGUCCUACGAGUGGCUACUAACUAAGUUCAACACUGCAAUGGAAUACGCACCAAGAUGUACUACAACUGACCAAGACCCUGCACUAAAGAUAGUAGUACCACAAACUAUGCCAACAACAAGGCACAGAUUCUGUAUGUGGCACAUUAUGACAAAAGUGGGGGAAAAGGUAGGGGUUGCCUUGUGGCACAACCAAGACUUCAAGAAGGCAUUGAAUAGUACCGUAUGGGAUGACACACUGACCACAGAUGAAUUCAAGAGAAAAUGGGAAACAAUUAUGAAGGACUACAACCUUAAAGACCAUAGGUGGUUUACACAGCUUUACGAGGCGCGUGCAUCAUGGAUACCAGCAUACUUCAACGACAUAUUAAUGGCGGGACUACUCCGGACAACAUCAAGAUCAGAAUCAGAAAACAGCUAUUUUGGUAAAUUCACAAACCACCACUGCAGCCUAGUAGAAUUCAUAGCACAAUACAACAACGCCAUUGGAGAACAAAGACACAAACAGGCAAGACUAAUCGCAGAAAACGAAGGUUCGUACCUUGAAACCAAAACACCUUUGAGUAUUGAGAAGCACGCUACUACAGUGUACACUAUAAACAUAUUCUACGAAUUCCAAGAAGAGGCAUGGGAAGCCAGUUUCACAUGUGACAUCAUCGACAAACACAACAUAGGGGAUAUAUGGAAGUACACAAUUAAGGACACAAAUGGAAAAAUGUAUGAAGUAACUGAAACUCCACAAGAAAGGGAAAUAGAGUGUGAGUGCAAAAUGUUCAACCGUGUUGGUAUACUAUGCAGGCAUGUGCUGUUGGUGAUGAAGACAAAAGGGUAUGAGUCAAUCCCAGAAAAGUAUAUUGUUCCACGAUGGACACGAAACGCAUGUGCACACCCAUUAUACGAUGUCCCAUGGGCAAGAAAAACAAAUAUUACCAAGACGAAUGAAACAACAAAAGUUGCAAAUCAACUAUGGAAUGAAUUCUACAACUGCAUGGGAUUAGUGAAUGGUUGGCCUGACAAGAUGGACCAAAUGUUGGCAACAUUGCAACAACUGAAAAAAGAUCUACAAAAGGAGGCGCAACAAACACAAGAGGGAGCGCACACCGAAUCUGUGUUUGAGAAACUAGUAGGAUCAAGCAGACCAAGCGACAUACAAAUAAAACCCCCCCAGGUUGCAAAAAACAAAGGGAGUGGAAAGAGACUCAAAAGCAGCAAAGAAAUAGCCACCACGAAGAACCAAAAGAAAAAGGAAAGGACAUGCAGACAAACUUGCAUAAGCGAAAGUUUGAAAGACUUCUGA